AUGUUCAUAUUUGUCAUGAAGCUCCAACCACUUUGGAUGCUUCUUGUAAUGUGCUUCUGUGCACUUAUAGUGGCCUCUUCUAAUCAUGCUAAUUCCAAUGUGCAUGUUUCCUCUGCUUCAGCUACCAUACAAAGCAGAGAAACAAAUGCUUUGUUGAAGUGGAAAGCCACCCUUGACAACCAAAGCCAAGCUUCCCUCUCUUCAUGGACUGGCAAUAAUCCUUGCAACAACUGGCUGGGAAUUGCUUGUGACAAAUCCAAAUAUGUUUCCAACAUAAGUCUUCCAAAUAUUGGAUUAAGAGGUACGCUUGAAAGUCUCAACUUCUCAUUACUUCCAAACAUUCUCAUCAUAGAUUUAAGCAAUAACUCCUUCAAUGGAAGUAUUCCUUCUCAUAUUGGGACAUUGUCCAAUCUUGACACUCUUGAUUUGUCAACUAAUAAACUCUUUGGUAGCAUUCCCAUUACCAUUGGUAAUCUGUCUAAACUCUCUCAUCUGAAACUUAGUUUCAGUGGUCUGUCUGGGACUAUUCCAUCUGAAAUAACGCAAUUGGUUGGCCUUAAUACUUUAUUGGCUAACAUAUCGCUUCUCAAGUUACAAAGCAACCAACUUUCUGGUCACAUUCCUCGUGAAAUUGGGAUGUUGGUUAACCUCAAGCUUUUAUAUCUUGGAAAUAACAAUCUUUCUGGCUCCAUUCCUCAUGAAAUUGAAUUUUUGAAAAAUCUUGGUGAACUUGAUUUGUCUGAAAACUCUCUCUCUGGUAAAAUUCCAUCUACAAUUGGAAGCGUAAUCAGUUUAUAUUAUCUUUAUCUUUAUGAAAAUAAUCUAUCUGGUCCGAUUCCUGAAGAAGUGGGAAAUCUCAGUUCUCUGAUCACAAUCCAAUUGUUAAGAAACAACCUGUCUGGCCCAAUACCAACUUCCAUAGGUAACUUGCUCAAUUUGGAAUCCAUUCAGUUUCAAAAUAAUCAACUAUCUGGUAAAAUUCCAUCUAUAAUUGGAAGGUUGAUCAAUUUACAAUAUCUUUUACUUUAUGGAAAUAUACUCUCUGGAUCCAUUCCUUUCACUAUUGGAAAUUUGUCGAAGCUCAAUGGAUUAGAUUUAUUCUCAAAUGAACUCUCUGGACAAAUCCUACCUACAAUUGGAACCUUGAUCAAUUUACAAUAUCUUUUCCUUGAUGAAAAUAAGCUCUCUGAAUCCAUUCCUUCCACUAUUGGAAAUUUGUCGAAGCUCAAUGUAUUAGGUUUAUCUUCAAAUGAACUCACUGGACAAAUCCCACCUUCAAUAGGUAAUUUAGUCAAUUUGAAUGGCAUUAGUGUUGGUGAAAAUAGACUCCGUGGCAUGAUUCCAAUAGAAAUGAACAGGCUUCUGAAUUUGGAAAGUUUACAACUAUAUGAUAAUAAUUUUAUAGGUCAUUUACCUCACAACAUUUGCAUUGGUGGAAAGUUGGCAAACUUCUCUGCCUACAAUAAUAAAUUCACAGGCCCAAUUCCAGAGAGUUUGAAAAAUUGCUCCAGCCUUAUCAGAGUCAGGCUUCAGAAAAAUCAACUAACUGGAGAUAUAACAGAUGCUUUUGGUGUACUUCCAAAUUUGAACUACAUCGAAUUGAGUGAAAACAAUUUCUUCGGUCAUCUUUCACCAAAUUGGGGAAAGUUUCGUAGUCUCGCAAGCCUCGAGAUCUCCAACAAUCAUUUAUCAGGAGUUAUACCACCAGAACUAAGCAAAGCAACUAAUUUGAAGUCACUUAACCUAUCUUCAAACCAUCUUACAGGAAACAUUUCGCAAGAAUUAUGUAAUUUGACCUUGUAUGAUCUAGCAAUCAACAAUAAUAAUCUUUCAGGAAAUGUUCCCACACAAAUAGCAUCAAUGAAAGAACUUCAAACAUUGGAUCUUGGAUCAAAUAAUUUGAUUGGCUUAAUCCCAAAACAACUUGGAAAGUUGCUCAAAUUGUUGAACUUGAAUCUAAGCCAAAAUGAAUUCGAGGGAAAUAUUCCUUCUGAGCUAGGUGAACUGAAAUCUCUUGGAAGUCUUGAUCUUAGUGGAAAUUCAUUGAGUGGAACAAUACCACCGAUGCUUGCAGAAAUGACAAUGUUAGAAACAUUGAAUCUCUCGCACAAUAAUCUUUCAGGUGAUCUCUCUAGCUUUGAUGAUUUGAUAGGCUUGACAUCUAUUGAUAUAUCAUACAACCAAUUAGAGGGUCCACUUCCAAACAUUCAUGUGUUUCACAAUGUUACUAUUGAAGCAUUAAGAAAUAAUAAAGGCUUGUGUGGUAAUGUCACUGGCUUAGAGCCUUGCCCAACAUUAAGUGGGAAAUCUCAUAAUCAUAAGAUUAAGAAAGUCAUAAUGGUAGUUUUACCAUUUACUUUGGGCACUCUAAUACUUUCACUAUUUGUUUUUGGAGUCUUGCAUCAUCUAUGCCAACCUUCAAAGACAAAAGAAUACCAGGUUGCAAAAUUUCAAACUCCAAACAUAUUUGGAAUAUGGAAUUUUGAUGGCAAAAUGAUGUUUGAGAAUAUUAUUGAAGCCACAGAACAGUUUGACGACAAAUAUCUCAUUGGGGUUGGAGGGCAAGGAUGUGUUUACAAAGCAAAGUUACCAACGGGUCAAGUUGUUGCUGUGAAGAAACUGCAUUCAAUUCCAAAUGAAGAAAGGCUCAAUCAAAAAGCUUUUGAAAGUGAAAUCGAAGCUUUGACAAAAAUUCGGCAUCGUAACAUUGUGAGGUUAUACGGGUUUUGUUCACAUCCACAAUUUUCAUUUUUGGUGUAUGAGUUCCAGGAAAAGGGUAGUGUCGAGAAGAUUUUGAAGGAUGAUGAAGAAGCGAUUGCAUUUGAUUGGCAUAAGAGGGUGAAUGUUGUGAAAGGUGUAGCCAAUGCCUUAAGCUAUAUGCACCAUGCUUGUUCACCUCCAAUUGUUCAUCGUGAUAUAUCAAGCAAGAAUAUUCUUUUAGAUUUUGAAUAUGUAGCUCAUGUCUCAGACUUUGGAACAGCCAAGCUUCUCAAUCCUGAUUCUUCUAAUUGGACUUCAUUCGUAGGAACCUUUGGAUAUGCUGCUCCAGAACUUGCUUACACAAUGGAAGUAAAUGAGAAAUGCGACGUGUAUAGUUUUGGAGUCUUAACAUUGGAAAUACUUUUUGGAGAACAUCCUGGUGAUGUUAUAUCUUCUUCACUGUUAUCAUCUUCAUGCCCAGUUGUGCCUUCAUCGCUUGAUAACAUGUCUUUGUCUUUGAUGGAUAAGUUGGACCAACGUCAACUUCAUCCAACAAACCCUAUUGCUAAGGAGAUGUUAACCAUUGCAAAGAUAGCAAUUGCAUGCUUGACUGAAAGCCCACAAUCUCGCCCUACCAUGGAACAGAUUGUUAAAAUGCUUUAA